AUGUUGCCGGGUUCCUGGAACCAGGCAGUUUCUGUCAACCCAUAUCUUCUUCCUCGUCAUCCUUCUGUCCAUCCUCCUCGGUCUCAUCGACCUUUCUCUCCCCUUCCUCCUGUUCGUCCUUCAUCGACUCGAUCUGUCGCUCCUAACCCUGGUCCUGUCAUUUAUCAAGCUAAGCAGCCAGAUCAAACCUACGCUGUCCCAGACGGCAACCUCGCUCCUACUGCACCGAUGGCGUGGCAGAUUCCCGCCAACGUCGCUCCCAACCCCUACGCCUCACUGGCUGGUUUCGGCUACGCAGUUCAGGCAGUGACUCCGAACCAAGUCCCGGCCCAGUCUCCUCUGGCGGCGGCCUCUACCAUGCUGCCGGUUGUUGCUGCCAUGCCCGCCACCGUGUCUGUGGAAUCGUUCAACCCCAAUGCCGAGCCACCCUUCGCGGACCCUAAUCGCCUGGGAGGCCCUAAAAACCAUGGUGUCAUCAAGAUCAAGAAUAUUCCAUACGGUAUCACCAUGGCCGAAGUCCACCAGUUUGCUACAAAGCUUGUCUCUGACCAACACCUGGUCCGCAUGCACAAGGAGGGAUUCCCCAUUCAUAUUCUCAUGGAACGCUCCACGGGUGAGACAAUGGACGUAUUCAUCGAGGUCUCAACCCCCGCCGUUGCAGAGGAGGCCCUCGAACGCACUUUUCGUUCCAUGAAAUGCCCCAAGCUAGGUCAACGCCAUGUCACGCUCGAGCUGGCCUCUCAGGCUCAAUUGAUGCAAGAAUUGUUCCCUCGCGCUCGAUGCAUCGUCUGGGACGAGAAGAAUGCCGGAAACCCCGUCCUUGUCCCAAACACAGACAAGUAUUCCGUUGGCUUCAAGAGUUUCUUGACCGACGAAGAAUUGAAUGGAAUGACUCGCCAUGCCGAGACCCCCCAGCGUUCUCCGUUUGCCUCUCGAAGCUGUCAACGCACCUUUGAAUGCAUGAUCAGUACCCUGUACAAGUAUCCCUGGUAUGCUGACGAUUUGUACACAAUGCGAGAUCGCGACGAGAUCUGGAAAACCUAUGUUCACCAGCUCGAGGUUCUCGCCUUCAAGUGUGGUGCCGGCAUGAUCGUCUCGGAUCGCCGUGAAGUCGGAUUGGAGUACAAACUUCUUCUCGACUUUCUCUUUGCUGGAAUGAACUGCCCAGGUUUCAGUGAACGCCAGAAGGCCAAUUUCCUCGAGAUCUCCCGUGGUGCAGGGAAUGGCCUUGGCUUCCGUCGGUACGCUUCGCAGUGGCCCUUCCAAACCCUCCGUCCAGAACCUUCCAAUGUCUCUGAGGCCGAUCUGGAUCAUUGGCUUCGUGUCUUCAACCUAGGUGUCGGAGCGGUACUGCGUAAGAUUCCUCAGGACACACCCGUUGCUCUGCUUCCCUACAUCUACAUUGAGUGGGACAAUCAGGGCAAUGUCGUUGUUCAGGCUACUAAUGAGGGCGCCCAACUUACUCGUCGCCAAUUCGCCCACAUUGAACAUCAUUUCGUCAAGAAGCUGUUGCGCAAGGGAUGGGUCGAGUGGCUUGGAAAUGCUAUCGAUGUCGGCGAAGAUCUUGAUGAUUUAGAAAGCGAGACUCUUCUUCCUCUUACCAGCACCAUUCCAGGCGACGCCACAGAGUCGAUCCCACAGACUCCUUCGACCAUCACUGUAGACAAGCUUACCGACGGACUGUCUAAAGUCGAAAUUGACGACACUCUGGAAACUCCUUUCCAUCAGCAGCUACCUGACUACUUGACGACAAAGCUCGGAUCUGGCGUUGUGUUGAGGCAUCUCGAGUUAUCCGCCAAGCCAGAUACUGAAGAGGGCCGACUGGAUUGGACCACCAUCAAAAAUACAAGUGAAGCAGAUCGUACCAAAACUUUUACCGGCCAGGGGCUUGGAAACGGCGCCGUUGGUACUCCAGAACGAAUCAGCACGGCGAGACGAGCAUCUGUCACCACCGCUACACCGGCUAGAGGUGUGAACGACAAGGCAUCAAUCUCCAAUCUGGUUGGACUGUUCACGGGCACAGGUCGUGUCACUGCUUCCGCACCUUCGAGCGCCAGUCGUCGUGAGAAUCGUGCCUUGGUCAUUUGCAAGCCUGACGGCACCCCCAUCGCAAUUCCAAGCGGUGCUAGAUCUUCUGACAGUGAUGAGCUUGGCAGUGCGCAAGGCAAAUCCAGCUUCAGCAGUACAGCCGGCGCAUCUGACCCGUUUUCUUCUGGUAAUGUGAGUCCUCUCACAGCUGUCGGUCGGGGCGCUUUGGCCAACAAGCAAGUGUCCUCUAACGGCGUCGGUGGUCUCGUUGGCUCUCGACAGAGCUCAUCGAACGGGAUGAUGACUCCAACUUGGUCAACCCGUGGUUCAGAGACCGGCUCUCCUUUCCGACGACAAAGCAGCGGUCUUGACCCCAUUGGAACCCCUUCCCGUGAUAAUGGGCUCGGCCAUGAUGGUUCUGCAAGUAUUUCGGAUCGCGGAACUAUUGCUCGUAGCAACAGCCAGACCGUCGAUUACAAAAUGCCGCGCGAUCCAAACCAGGCAGUAUCGGCGAUGAUCUCUCUUCACCGUAAUUCCCUGUCCUACGGCGAAGAUCGGGUCUCUGCGAACGCUUCUCGGAAGGUCUCACCCAUUCGCAAGGCUGUCAACAAUGCCAUGUCCACCCCAACGUCAUCUGCAACAGCCACACCAUCGUCAGGAGUUCGUGGUAUAUCAGCUUCUUUGAAUGGUGCUCGGGGAAGUCCAUUGACUCACGGAACGCCGGUCAAAACCCCGUUGCGUAACAUUGGUUCCAAUUCACCAUUUGCCGGAAACCUCUGGAGAGCCUCUCCUGGACUCAAGGACGCUCGUGGUGGAGGAAGUGGACGGCCUGACACCAUCACCGAGACUUUAGAGGAUGAUGUGUUCGCUGACCGGCUCAAUUAAGGACGUUGUCACUGCCCCAAAGCCUGCCGCCCUUGGUUAUUCGACCUGUCACUUGCUCCUUCUUGGUUAGUUUGAUCUUCUGACGAGUGCUUGACACAUCUACCCCGUCAAGAUGAC